AUGGUCUCUUUUCCAAAAAUAAGAUUCAGCCGCAAGAUUGGCAACGCGAACCUUUCCAAUCACCGCCAGCGCAGACGAGAACCUUCCCGCAUGAAGAGCUUGUUUCGCAGGUCCAAAAGCAGCGAUUGGGAAAACUGGGCCGAGUUUCACAAAAAGUACCAGUCCGAUGUCUACCGCAAGUCUGCUAACAACCAAUACAACAACUUUUCGAGCACCCCGAGCAAAAAGAGCACCGCCCAAGGCGAAAACAACUUUUUUACCAAGAUGGUGAUGGACUCGUCUCAUCACGGAGGACCCAAACCCAAGACAGCUCAACGACGAGGGAGUGUGGGUGGACAAAGCCGAAGACGAGCGAGUAUUGCCUUUUGA